AUGGCGGCUAGUCAUGUGUUUUGGAGCUCCGCUGCUUUCGUCGUUUUUAUCUACUCUCUUAUUUGCUUUGGCCAUCAAUUGGUCUUGGAGAGACAAGGAAGUCCAGAUUGUAAUGGAAUAUACCACGAGGAUGGAUUUUCGGGAGAAGUUUGUCGAAAUUUGGAAAGUUUUGCUACAUCGUGCCUCGAGAGAAGCUACGAUAUUUGCAAUGUUUGUUGUAACACUACGGUCGGUGUGUGUGAUUUUUCGAGCAGAUUUAAUCAUAGUCUAGGUAUCGGAGAACGGGAAGCGCUGUAUGAAUCGAUUGAACAUUUUGAAUAUGGGGUAUUCAUGUAUAACUUGCGAGCUUAUGGACAUACAUUUUCCGAAAUUUUAGACUUGGGCCAUUGCAAAAGUGAAAUGAUCUGCAAUUUAAAUUAUGUUGAAGCAAUUAAACGGGGUUCCGGAAGCCUUUAUUUUAGUUCUUUGUUGUUCAAAGCACGAAUAUGGCCAUUAACCUGCAAAUUAGUGUUCACCAGACAAACGGGAUUAUAUAAGACAAAGAAAUCUAAGGCAAGAGCUUUAUAUUAUGCAAAUGCACUGCAACUUUCCAGGUCCUGUUGCUAUCUGGGGACAUCUCGACAAAUCCUGGUCCCGUCAGUGUCAAAUGUGAUAAUUGUAUAAAAACUAUUCGGAAAAAUCAGAAAAGCGUGACUUGUGAGAUUUGUUUUGGUCAACAGCAUCUAAAAUGCACAGAACUUAAUACCAAAUGUUUAACUUCCACUUGGACUUGCCCAAAAUGUUUGUUUACUGUACUGCCUUUUAAUAACUGUCCAACUCUAGAUAUGUCGGAUGUUGAUGAAAGUUUAAACGCGUCUUAUGAGGACAUUUCUGAAUCUGUUGUAAAUAUCUUAAAGGAACAUCCACGAAAUCUCAGUUUAAUGCAUUUAAAUACCCAGAGUAUGGUGUCCUCUUUCAACGAGUUCCAGGUCUUUUUAUCUCAGUAUCCGAUGGAUGUUAUCACUAUGAGUGAAACGUGGCUCAAGGAAAAUCCCGCACUUUUAGAAUACGUUUCUUUGUCCGGUUACGGAGCAGUGUUUCGAAACCGUGACAAGAUCCGUGGGGGUGAUGUAGGAGCAUAUAUUAGCAACUCGGUCAAGUACAAGCGAAGAAAGGACAUUGAGAAGCUUCAACCAAAUAUGGAACAAUUAUAGUUUGAAGUGCCAGGACGAAACAAGCACAGUAAAGCAUUGAUCGGUGUGAUCUAUCGAUCCGAGCGAAUUCAAAGCUCUUCAGAUUGGUUAGACAGUUUUGAGUCUUUGCUGGGUCAUCUCACCGUAUCAUGGGAUGGCCUGCUUUUAGUUACUGGCGAUAUCAAUAUUGAUUUAUUGAAACCUAAUGAUCCUCUAAGCAAAAAGUAUCAAUCAAUUCUGGAAAUUUUUGGGCUUACUCAACAUGUCACAAAACCAACACGUGUCACGCAAAAUUCAAAAACUUUAAUUGAUCAUAUUGUAACCAAUGACCCGCAUUGUGUGGCAGGUACGGGAAUAAUCCCAGCUCCUACGAUCAGCGACCACGAUGCAGUUUUUGCCUGUGUAAACGUUCGUGUGCGCCGUUUUCAACCUAGAUACAAAUGGAUACGACUGGAGAGGAAAUUUGUAACCGAAGAAUUUCUUCAAGACUCCGCUAACCUUAACCUACCGUUUUCCGUAAUAUAUGGAUUAGAAUCACCCGACGACAUGGUAAAUGCACUCAACACUUUGUUUAGUGAAUGUAUAGAGAGACACGCUCCAUUAAAAAGAAGCAAGUUAACACGCCCCCCUGCACCAUGGAUGAAUGCAAAUGAAAUACGAAAACUACAGGCUGAUCGGGACAGACUGCGCUUUGAAGCUCACAAAACCAACAGUGAUGAUUCUUGGAAGGCCUUUCGAGAAGUUCGCAACAAGAUAAAGUCUGUUAUUAAUAAAACAAAACGAAACUUUAUUAAAACUGCUCUUUCUUCUAACAGACCAAAGGAGGUAUGGAGAAUGAUACACCGUAUUCUCCACCCUAAUAAGAAGCCUCUUCACGCAGAUCCAGAUAAACUCAAUGACUAUUUUAUUAAUACGAACGAAAGGACAUUAGGAACCAAGCCAGCUGCACUAUCAGAUCUACUUGAAUUCAUUGAUUCUCUUUCCGAUGGUACAACGCCACAGCAAUCAUUCUCUUUACGACCCGUUUCGCAUCGUGAGGUGUUGUGCGAAAUUGACAAACUCCGCUCAGACACAUCUACUGGUAUUGAUAAUAUACCGGUUAAGUUUGUAAAACUGGCGAGAGAACAUCUGGCGGGUCCUUUACAAUACAUAAUAAACAAUUGUAUUGCUAGGUCGGCCUUUCCAGAAGCGUGGAAAAUUGCAAGAAUAUCGCCCAUCCCUAAAAUAGAUCAACCUUUGUGUGAGGCGGACUAUAGACCUGUCUCAAUUUUGCCGGCGUUAUCAAAGGUAUUUGAGCGGCUUGUUUUAAAUCAGAUGAUUGCGUAUAUUGAAGAAAGGGCGCUUCUUGGAGCUACGAUAUCUGGAUUUCGAAAAGGGCAUUCGACAACAACUGUGUUGCUGGGUAUUCGAGACGCGUUGAUUCGAGCAUCAAAGAAAGGAGAGGUAACUCUAAUGGUUUAUGCAGACUAUAGCAAAGCUUUUGAUACUGUACAGUUCAGGUCUGUUCUGACUAAAAUGCAUGGAUUGGGUUUUUCAAAAUCAUUUCUGCACUGGAUGAUUAACUAUCUUACAAAUAGACAACAGUUGGUACAAAUCAACGAUAGUAAAUCUAGUCUUCUUACCGUAGAAUUUGGCGUACCACAAGGCUCAGUUCUUGGACCGGCGAUUUUCAAUCUAUACGUCGCUGAUUUACAGGAAAAGCUUCAACUACCUUGCUAUCAAUAUGCGGACGAUACAUCGUUUUAUACCCAUUCAAAAGUAUGUGAUCUAGACUCGGCUGUAAAAGACGUUAAUGAUGCUAUAGUGCGAUUGGUCGAUUAUUCUCAAUGCUCUAAUUUGGCACUGAAUUCCUCCAAAACUGACUGGAUGCUAGUUUCCACACCUCAGAUGGCGCGUGCUCAUGAUCUGGGUGACCGUACGUUUAGUAUUAAAUGUGGGGACAAAUUCCUUGAACGAAUAAAAUGUAAAAAUCUUCUAGGAAUUUAUUUGAACGAGCAUCUUUCAUGGUCUUCACAUAUCGACUAUUUGCUAACUUCUUGUUAUGGAAUACUAGCAGUGUUGAAAAAGCUGAAGAAUUUGACGCCUUUCCAUGUGAGAAAAACACUGGUUGAAAGCCUUGUGCUUUCCAAAAUUGACUAUGCUAGUCCUGUAUUCCACCCAUUGCCAAUAUACCAACAAAAACGACUUCAACGCCUCCAAAAUGCAUGCGCGGGUUUUGUGUUAAGGAGAUUUGCAAGACAGGAAGACCUUGCCACCUUGAACUGGCUAAACAUUAGUAAAAGGAUGGAUUUUAAUAUUUUAAAAUUAGCAUAUAAAGCUUUACAUGACGAUUCUUUUCCAGAAUAUUUAAGAUUAUCGCUACAUUGCGUUAAUGCAUAUAGUCUAAGAUCAUCUUCUGCACCUGUCCUGGAUAUUCCCAAGGAGUCAGGAACAUUUCAAGACUCAGCAGCCUCCAUUUUUAAUUAGCUUCCGGCAGAAAUCAGGAAUAUUAACAAUUUUAGAACUUUCUGUCGUUGUAUAAAAAAACAUUGUAAAAACAGUGAAUGAUUCCGAUUUGCAUUGCAAUUGGAUUAUUUGUCUUUUUUAACUUUUGUAGUUCUUGUAUGAUAAUAGAUUACUGUAUAUUUAGUAUAAUGUAGAUAAUUUUACAGGUGAAGAGCCAUUCUGUUUGUAAUGGAUAUGCUGUGAAUAAACCAUUAUUAUUAUUAUUAUUAUUAUUAUUAAGCCAAGUCGGCUUUUUUUAAUGUUUUCAGGGGGUGACGGCCUCUCCUUAGCGCACUGGCAAGGAACAUAGCGAGUGCUUUGCGAAUCAAGGCGUGGCGGCGGUUACGCUAAUAUCAAAGACGCCGACAAAAUGUUGUACUUCUGUAUGCGUUUAAUCUGUGGUUAUAUAGGUUUUCAGUCGACUGAAAUUUGCUUGAGAAGGUUAUUUCUUGCAACUACUUUUAGUGAAUAACAGAAUUGUUACUACUCUUUUUUAAUUAAGUAUUGAAUAAUAUUUUAUUUUAGGAAUUGUUGCAGUAGUCGAUGCGAGAUAUGGUUUAAUGGUGAGUAAUUUACAGCAAUAAUACAUUUUUUUAUAAAAUGUAUUUAAAUAAUGUUUUAAGUAUAGGUAAUAGCAUUAAUUUACAUAAAAAUGUUCGAGACAAUUGCAGUUUUAACUUAUGCGUUUAUAGCGAACAUUCCACUGGCAAAGUUUUCCUGGCUUUAUUAUUAUAUCGCAUUAUACAACGCUAACAGCUUGAAAAUUGCACUCAACAGUGUAACUUUGUUAGUCUUGUUUAAGGUAAAGGCUUUUCCAUUUAAAAAUAAAGAUAAAAGCCAUAUUUUCCACGCGAAGUCAACUUUUACUUUAUGUAGCGCGGCGCCAUGUUUGUUUUGUUUUGUUUUGUUUUGAAGCAAUCCGUGUCCGUUAUACUGCUUUAAACUGAUUGGUUGAUUUUAUCAUCACAAUGUUUUGCCACCAAUCAGAUCAGUUUGUUACAGAUUUUUGCACUGUUGUUACAGAGUUUUGCACUGUUGUUACAGAUUUUUGCACUGUUGUUACAGAUUUUUGCACUGUUGUUACAGAUUUUUGCACUGUUGUUACAGAGUUUUGCACUGUUGUUACAGAUUUUUGCACUGUUGUUACAGAUUUUUGCACUGUUGUUACAGAUUUUUGCACUGUUGUUACAGAUUUUUGCACUGUUGUUACAGAUGUUUGCACUGUUGUUACAGAUUUUUGCACUGCUGUUUGGGAUUAAAUGCACUGAAACCUACCAAUCACAGUCGAGUAAUAUUUCUAUGUAUAUUAUUAAUAAUGUAAUAAGAUUAGCAUUUCCAUGGCGCAAAUUUUCAUGUGGAUAUCAUCAAAUGCGCUUUACAUCAAGUAUUACGCUUAUACCUAAUUACAAACUUAGCCCAGACUAUUUUAUCUUUACAACAAUUGUGAUAUUAUUUCGUAACUGUGUUUAUCCUAUAUAACCUGGCCUCCCUGUCAACUUUCCUUGUGGGAGGAAACCGCAGCACUUGACAAAAAAUCCACGACUUUCGGCAGAGCGUUGACGGACUCUCUUGCUCUGACGACUGCGCCAUAAACAGCCCUUAUUCAGCAAAUUGCGCAUGCUCCCUUGCCUUUGAUCCCUUGGAGGUGAGGCAGCACUUUCCUUGCGAUAGUAACUUCUAGUAUAAAUAUAUUUUCUUACGAACCUGAAAUUCGCACUUUCGCGAGCAAAUUUCACGGUUGUAACCCACAGAAUCGUUCACAGAGACCAUUUAACAUCAACAUCUUACCUAUAGGCAGGCCAGACCGGUUCCCAUAAAAACGCAAGAUGAAAAUUAUUAUAAAUUACAUAGCAACGUUAGAUCUCGGGAAUGCGAGCUACCUCGGGCACCCGGGCUGGCUUGCCUCCAAAAAAAUACCCCUUAAAUUGACCAGAGUUUCUCGAAACAUUCACUGUCAACACCAAGUGGAAAUUUUUAUAUGCAUUUAUCAGACCCAACCAGGAACAACUGCGAAAAAUGCAACUUUAGGUCCCUGGCAGGAAUCGAACCUGCGGCUGUGAUUCCGGUGCAGUGCUCUAACCAACUGAGCUACAGAGGCCUGUUUUCGAGCUCUAACCACAAGUUCGUCAAUAUAUACUAGGGUGCUGCCAUGUAUAGGUUAAGGAUAAGUAUCAAGAUUUUGUUGGCAUCUCACUCGUUUGAAUAAUAGUUGAAGGGUACUGUAGAUGGAAAUUAUCGAGUGGAAAUUUAUAAACAGUUUAGACCCAACAGGGACAGCUGCAAAAAUGUGCCGGCUAAACUUGCAUUUCUCGCAGCUGUUCUUGGUUAGGUCUAAUAAAUGUAUAUAAAUUUCCACUCGAUAAUUUCCAUCUACAAUACCCUUCAAUUAACAACAUCACACUACUUGUUCAUUGUAAUGAUCUUUAAUUGUGGAAAAUAAUACAAUGGAUAUAUACAUCUGUUUGUUUUGAUUUUAGCAUCUAACAAAAGAGAAAAGUGAUGGAAUGCUUAACGAAUGCGUCAGGUACCUGAUUAGUCAUGACCCAUGAGUAUAUACUGCAUUUCCUCGUCAGGACACGUGUUCGUAUUCAGGAACCUGGUUCAUUCAAGGAACAUGCAGUUCACCGCACGUGUCAAAUACUGUACAUCUUUUCUUUCUAGUGAGAGAAAUCGAGUCUAAUUUUCAUUAAUCUUUAGACAAGUUGCUUUGGCUGAUGUACUGAUUAUUAACAAACUAGACUUAAUUGGAGACACAGAACUAGUAAAACUACGAAAUUUGCUCAGGUAUAAACCUCUCAUAUCAUACUAUAGGCCUAUAUAUGAGGAUGGUCAUGGAGUGCUAGGGGACACCUUCCCUCCCAAUUUGGGCACAAAUCGUAAGAAAGUAGGGCAAUCUCUAACUCAUGAAUCUAUAGCAAUUUUCUCGGGCAGUUGAUGCCUCGAUAGUUUCAUGCAAAUAGAUUAUUUUUACUGUAUUUUGUAAUCGCACAGAUAAUAUACCUUUGUAAUAAAGGAAUAAACAGGCAUGUUGCUCUAUCUCAGGGCAAAAUUGUUAGGCAUUUAAUUUAAAGUAAAUUUUAUGGAAAGGUAAUUUUAUGGAACGAUAUUUUUCGAUGUUAUAGUCGUUAGUGUAGGUUGAGGCAAUUUGAGGCUGAUAAUAACCAUCAAAUUUUUGUGCAACGCUUGUCAAAGAAUUUCGAUUUAGUUGCGUCUGAAAAAAGUUCUGUUAUUGUGGGCGUUCCCCAUGCAAGGGUCGCUAUUCCUUCUGUACAUACCUGUAAAUGACUACUGCAUUUUACAUAUAUAGUCCAUGAAGUUUGAAGCUUUUUAAGACAUGCAUGGAUUUUUGAGAAUCUCUGACUGCUCUAUAGCUUCAGUAAAUGGAAUUCGUCUUGGUUAUCCAGCAUUUAAAAUGUUAUUUAAUUUUGCUAAAUUGUUAUUAAAUAAUGUUGUUUUGGCAAACGGAACUCAAAUUUUGAAAGAGGACACCCAAAGUCGCCAAACAUAUAACGUAUACAUAUACAAGGUUCGCAUCGAACCUCCAAAACAUUUGGUGAAACGUAUGUUCCAAAUGAUUGCAGGAUAAUAAGAUAAUAAAGUCUUCACAACAUUUAUUGUAGAAGUAUAAACGCCACGUGCACGUUCAAAGAAACUGAAAGAUCAAGGUAAUUAUUUUAAAGUAUACUGCAUGUACAUUCAUAAUAAUGUCGAUGUAAUUAUAUAAAUGGAAUGUGUUUUUCAGGAGAUAAAUGCUGGAAAUACAGCUCGCAUCUGUCUGUGGCAUCCCAAAAGCAGAAAGUAGACUUCAGUCACCUGCCCAGGCACUUUGAAAAAAGUCAUACUAUAGGGAUCUCUUGGUGCGUCGGAGUGCUUAGCGGGGACGCGACGGAAAUGACAAAAAUUCUUUCCCUACAACUUCCCCCAUGGAACCUCUCCAAGUACGCCCCAAUCUCGUACCCAGAGCAAUGCCUGUGCGCGGGCUAGGAUGGCAUUGGCUCUGGGGAAAUUGAUUUUUUCCUGUGUUGUGAUUGGUUUAGCGUUUAUCAAUCGUGCAUGCCGAAAAAGAACCGGAACCCUAAAUUUAGGGGUUCCGGUUGUCAAUUUCCCCAGAGUCAAUGCCAUCCUAGCUCGCGCACAGGUAUUGCUCUGGGUACGAGAUUGAGUACGCCCCGCAUAACUUUUUGAAAGCGCCGCGGUUACAAGGCUGGUGCGUUUUGACAAAACAUUGACCUCUUCUUCGUUCAUGCUACUGUAGUGGUUAUCCUGCUAUUUGUGUUUGUUUUCUGGCUACAAGCUAGGUCUAACUUUUUCUUGCAGCUGGACAAUUCCGUCUAUAGUUAUACUGUAUGUGCGUAGCGGUUUGUCUCGCAAAUAAAUAUAUAAUGUUACCUUUGUAUGGAAUUAUAUGAAAUAAUGUGUUAACUCAUUCGUGCUCACUGUUCAUUGUUAACUCAUUCGUGCUCACAUUUGUAUAGAUAUGAAUAUUUGUCAAGCUUUCAUGUUUGUUAAGAGCAUUUUUGACAGGGACCUUGUUCCCAGGGUCUUAAGUUGCUGUUCCUAAAACAUUUACAUUAUACAAACAUUUAAGUUUCCCAUGAGAAUAGAAAAAUGUUUUUAUCUGCAUGAUACUCCAUGUUUAUCUUGAAUUGCAAAAAACCGUGAAUGUCGUUAUAGCAUUCGUUGCGAUUAGAUUGUAAAAUGUUAAUGUCCGAUCCGUCAGUGAAAAUUUGAGAAAUUUAAAAACCCUUUCGAGCAAACGCCUUUUAAUUAAAGACCGCUCUCCUGACUUGCGUUGGUUAGAAAUCUCGAGAAGUAUAUUUGCAGGUUGACAGGUAUCAACAUCCAGUGCAUGUUAACCAAUGCUAAAUCACCUAAUUUUAUCUUACCCAAAUGCUUACCUAUAUACUAGAGUUACUUUUCUCCUACAUAUAGAGUAAACAUCGAUGAAAUAUUGGACUUACAUAUGUUUGAUAACGCGAUAAAAAUGUGGGUAUUUAUAUAUUUUUCAUAUAGCAUGCAUUCAUUUCAUGUUCACGAGACGUGAAAUGUUCAAAUUUGUUUUCGUUUUUAUUGCAGAAAUAACGAGAAACUGCAAAUGUUUGAUCUGCCGCAAGCUUCACAGCACAUUGAUAAGGUACUGUGUACUAUAGAUUGCAAACUAUGAAGAAGGUUCUUGCAGUAAACAUGCUAUAUGGCUGAAAUGGUUCAACGCGUGUCGGGUAUAUCUCUCAACUUCACGCCGCGCGUACCUUGUAGCGCAUUGCAGAAUUAAACUCACUUACCUUAAUUGCCUUUAAAACCUUUGGCUCUGUGGAGGGAGAGAGGCGUUGUAUCAGUGGUUGUAGUAUACCUGGCCCAAGCCGAUAAAUUGAGUGUUUUGAUUCUCAACGAUUCGAGGUUUUGCAUAUUUUUAUAUGAUGCAGUUUUUUUCUAUAGUUGAAGGGUUUUGUAGAUGGAAAUUAUCGAGUGGAAAUUUAUAUACAUUUCUCAGACCCAACCAGGAACAGCUGCGAAAAAUGCAACUUUAGGUCCCUGGCAGGAACCUGCGGCCCUGUGUUUCCGGUGCUAACCAACUGAGCUACAGAGGUCAAUUCAGUUGGUUAGAGCACUGCAUCGGAAUCGCAGGGCCACAGGUUCGAUUCCUGCCAGGGACCUAAAGUUGCAUUUUUCGCAGCUGUUCCUGAUUAGGUCUAAUAAAAAUGUAUAUAAAUUUCCACUCGAUAAUUUCCAUCUAGGCCUACAAUAUCCUUCAACUAGUAUUCAAUCGAGUGGCCAACAAAAUCUUCAUAUUUACCCAUAUAUAUACUUUUUUCUAUGUCGCGUAUAUUUGCGAUGAAAAGUCUUCAAAACCGAAAAUCGUUUUGGCGUAUCUCUCCAAAUGCUUUGUUUUAGCUUUAUAUUCUCUAGUUUAUACAGUUAGCUACCUUUAAUAGUUAAAUGCAUAUGCCGUUUGAGAAACGUCAAAUAAUAAGAAAAAAUGGUCAAUUAAAAUACAAUUAUCAAUGUUUUUAAAGCGACGCCAUAUUUACAGCAUGUUAUACCAUAAGCAAAACUUUUACUGAACUUCAGACAUCAUUUUCUCUUUGGCGUUCCAUCUAAAAACUCUUCAUUUUAGCAUUAUUUUACAGAUAAGGCACUAAACAUACUUUUUAAGUUUGAGAAACGUAUCGAAAAAUAUUUGAAUGUAUAGUCAUAAGUUAUUAGCUUCUUAAAUUCUAAAACUGCAUGUAAAAGAGAAUAACUUAGCAAAAAUGAUAAAACUGCAAAUUAGUUAUAAACUUUAUAAUCAGUUCGGGAGAAAAUGGUUCAACUCACCACAGGCACAGAACAACGAGUUUUACUUCGACUUCGUUUUGUCUAUAACAUAAAAAUAAUUAACGCUGCGUGUUUUUACAUGAAUCUCUAAAGGCCUAAAAUUUUCUUGUGUCAAGCUUUUAUGCACUUGUCGGUUCAGCAGAGACAGUGCUGAGGCAUUCAAAUUCUAACAAUAUGUUAUUUCUAUAGAGUAUAGUUUUGUUUUUUUCGGACACUAUGUGGCAUUAGCCUGCGAAUCUUUAUCAUAUAAAACGUGACGUACAAUAUUUUUGUGAGGUACAUUUGCAGUCCCAAAUUGUUUAUUUAUUUAUUUGUCAUUUGCAGAACUCGAACAUUAUCAAAUAGUGAAAAAUAUAUAAAUGCUCGUGCGUGUAGCUUUUUUGGAUAUUUUAAUUGUGAAGAUAGCCGCACGACAGAGUACAGAAUGUACAAAUGUCGCACAUAGAAUGUUGAAGUAAAAGUGUUACCGACCGUACUAAAACACUCUGUGCAUGCAGUAGAUAAGAUAUUGAUUGCAGUGAUUUUACAGAUAAGCUGUUUUUCACAAUUAUCCAUUGUCCAGCAACUGAAUAUGAAAUGAGUGUUUACAUUGUCGAGUGAAGACUGCAAUCAAACAUAUUUAUAUGAUCGCCCAGCCCUAUUAUUGAAAUGUUUAAUCAGCAUGAAAAUUAAUAUUAUUGGCUCUGCUAUACAAACAGGGAUCUCAGCAAGUGGCAAUCACUGAGCGGUAUUGAAUUAAUAUCGCCGCUGAAGUAUUUAGUGGUAUUAAACACCGCUUGUUUAUUAUAUCCGUUCCUUCGAGUUCGUAGUUCGUCCCGUUGCAGAGUUACGAAUGAUGAAAGUACGCAACUUAUUCCCACGAAUUAUUGCGUUGCUUCUCCUCACGCUUCAAGCAGUGUUACUGGAUUAUUUUCUUGUCAAACAUCAAAGCAUAAAAUGGCUGGCCUGGGUAGUCACUGAUGUAUUUAUAAUAAUCGUGUGGACCAUGGCUAUGUUGGGCUCUACUAUACCGAUGUGUGGCUUGUUACGAGGUUGGCUGGUAAAGAACCCUAAAGGCAAUGAUUUCACUGCAACUUAUGUGGCCUGGCUAGCGUAUGCCGUACAUUUUGUCCCUCAAGUUGCGACUAUCUUCAAAGUAUUUGCUGACGAGCUUGACAGAGAAGGUCUUUUUAAUCCGAACUUUUUGAAAUUAACUUUAUCUAUCACCCCGAUGCUGUUUGUGUGUCUAGUGUACUCACAUCACAAGUCUAGAGAAUCUUUCGCUCGGAAAACCUAUGUUCAAAUUCUCGUGAGUACUGUGACACUCGACCUGUUUGAUUCCAUUGAGAUAUUAGAAUAUUUGUUUGACAAGGAGUUCAUAUCGUCGUCAAUCGAGACUUCAAUCAUUCUAUUUGCUUGUAUUAACUUUUGUCUGCCCGUGUUAGCUCUUUAUGAAUUGAAAAACAACGAAUUUCGUGAGACUGGCCAAAUUCCUGCUGUAUCGUUUAAGCUCCUGUACGUCUUAUCAUUUCUCUGCUUCGUGAAUAUUCCGUUCUUAGUGAUUCGUGUGUACUUGUGGCAUACGUUCAACCUAGACGUCUCCAUCCUCUUUGCAAAGAAUAUUCUGGGCAUUUACUUUGGUUUCACCGAGAUUUACGAAUAUUACAGCGAGACAAGACCUACGAGAUGUGAUUCUUGUAACGAGACAUUCGCCAAAAGCCAUGUCAAGAAUCACAUGAAGACAUGCCCGGUACAACCCGAGGAAACGGACGAAGUAACGGAUGAAAGCUGCAGCAACGGGCAGCAGAAAACUUAUCUCUAGUCUGGGCUUAUUGAAACCAUGAACUUAAGUGUACAUAUAAGAUCAUAACUUAGUCUUAGAUAAAUACUAAGUAUACCUAACACAAGACGAAGAUGGUCUAACAUAAUUAUAUUAUGCGUCUAUAUUCGACCAUAUGCAGCCUUGACCAAGUUGGCUAGGGCAGUCGGUUUCAUUUAUAUAUUUAAGUGUGCGGAACUUCAAUCAAAAGUUACAUUAGAUGCGCGGUGAAUGUUUGCUGGCGUUUGCAUGAAGUAUAUGGACACUCAUUAUUUCCGCGGAAAAUAUAUUAAUUCUGUAUGGCAAACAAGUUUUCGGCUUUUGCCUAUUUUGUAAAGCUCCUGGACACGAGGCUGGGGUAUUUAUGUAUUUUUGUAAAGUUUUUUUUUUGUAAAGACGUCGAAUUUCCGUGGAAGUUAAUUCGAAUUUAAUGCUUCUGAAUUUUACUCGACGGAAUUUCGAAGUCAGUUUCUGUUAACGUCGCAUUACGAACCUCCAGACCCUUUUCCGACUCAACUCUCAAGAGUCGGCAACGUUUUCUGCGGCAAACAUAAAAGUUUCUUUUAAUCCACACAUGAUAUUGAAAAAUUUACAUAACCCCUAGACUGGCAACAGUUACAAAAUCGAAAUUAUCGUGCAGUGAAAAGGAAAUGAAUGCAAGUGCAUGGCAGUUUAAUUAGCAUGCGAUUGUGUUAUUUUGCAUGAGCUCUUCAUUUCUAUGAAGCCGGCUUUAUAUUAAAAAAUAAUGAUUAUUUUACUGUGUCAUAUUCGUCAUGGAUACAGAUGAGUAUUUUAAGCCUGAUCGGUAUUUGUCGGUAUUCGGACAAAGACGUGUAUAAUAAUUAAUGAAAUAUAAAGGCCCGUUUACUUUAUUAUUGUAAUUAAUUUUAUAAAAAUUGUUGAUACAAGACAAGGGCAAGAUAUGCGUGUGCAGGGUUCUGUUCGCAUGUUAUUGCAUGUUGCGAUGAACAGUGCAUGCAUUGUCCAGCACAAAGUAAAUCUGAAUUACUCGUUUUAGAAUGUAAGAACCGUGAGUCUAAAUUUGGAAGGUGAAGUGAACGAAGAUUUAUUAGACAACUGGCUACAGGUAAUCUAGAAACUCACCAGUAUGUUAUUUAACACAAAACAUUUUUUAGUUUUAAAAUUCCAUUUGUCGUGUUGAAUUUACAUCUUUUAUAAGAAUAAAAGUAUAUCUACCUCCCUUCAACUUUUUGAAAGUUUGGAAAAGCGUACGCAAAGUCAAAGAGAAUGUUGCAGAUUUCGUUGUCUGCCUUUAUUGCUUUAACGAAUAAAACUGCCCGUACGGCUGGUUCGACACACACGCGCGCGUCUCUUUUUACAAACUUUAUUAAAACACAUUUAACUAAAUUUAACAAUAAAGUCUUCCAUAAUACAAUUAUAAUACAUUACCACAAUAAUCCGACGACAUACAGUCUGCACAUAGGCUAUGUCACAGUUAAGUAAUGGAAAUUUAUAUACAUUUAUUAAACCUAACCAGGAACAGGUCCCUGGCAGGAAUUGAACCUGCGUCCCUGCGAUUCCGGUGCAGCGCUCUAACCAACUGAGCUACAGAGGCCAGUUUUCGAGUUCUAACAACAAGUUAAUACUAGAGUACUGCCAUGUAUAGGUUAUGGGUAUAAAUAUCAAGAUAUUUGUGGCAUCUCACUCGAAUGUAUAAUAUUUGAUGGGUAUUGUAGAUGGAAAUCGUCGACAUAAAUAAGUGGUAUCAUUAUAGGUACCUGCAUGUAUCAAAUAUCAUUCAUUCGAGUGAGAUGCCACAAAAAUCUUGGUGCUUAACUAAUGACUUUUCCAGUUGUGAACUUAGUGAACUUGACCUUGAAUGGUAUUGCAAUCUGUAUUUAUGUUAACAUUAUAAAGUAUUGUUGUGUGCAUGCGUCCAAAGCUGUCAUCUGCAUUCAAAUUAAUCUGCCAAAUUGACCUGACUCUCAAUAUGUCAUGUACGAAUGUUAAGUAAAUGCUCUCAAAAUUGAAACUGCAGCCAAGCGAAAAUGUGCAUGUGACAGAUAUGGUCAUAUCUGUACGGUGGCCCAUACGGGCCAACCCUUCUCCGUACAAACUUGCACCUUCUCCGUACAAAUGUGUUGUUAUUCCAUGGAAAUCAAACUUCUCCGUGGAAUGUUGCCGUUGUUCUGUCACGGAAAGCCUUUUCUCCGUACAAAUAUGCAGUUUCUCCGUGGAAACACGCAUCUUCACCGUGGAAACACCGCAGCUUCUCCGCGGAAACGCGUAGCAUUUAUGUGAAACACGAUGCGGUGGCCCGAACGGGGCACCUCUUCUCCGCAGAAACAUGCAGCUUCUCCGUAGAAACACGUGCCUUCUCCGUAGAAACACGUGCCUUCUCCGUGGAUGAGCACUUUCCUUGUGAAUUAAAAAAGGCACGCCCCCUGAAUAUUUAUUGGUUUUAUACGACAGGGGGGGGGGAGGAAGAGAAAAUAAAAUCACAACGCAACAUCGUGGUCAAAACAUUACAAGCCAAUUUUAUAAAUAUGAAUGCUUUAAUAUGGGCACAGAUAUCCAGCAUAUAAAUUGUGAGAAUUGCCAGGCAGAGAUUUUGAUCGUUUAUAGCUUUUGUAACAAUUGUGGAAAUAGAGUUGAUACUGACUGGUAAGUAUACAUACUAAGUUUUACUUUUUUAUAUUUAUGUUUAAUAUCAUUUUUAUUUGUGGAUUUAUAUUUUAUAAAUUGAAUAUUUAAAGGUGCCCUACAGUCCGUAUGUAAACAAAGCCUUUGUCUACAUUUUUGUGUCCAAAAUAUUGAGCUUUAUUCGACAACUAUCUAUAUUUUCAAGCUUCUAGAGUAUAAUAAAUGAUCAAGAAACAACAAUCGGGCUUUUCAAGAACCCAAAACAUAGUUAAACUGUUUGUAUCAUAAAAAGUGGGCUCCUUUGUGCACAUGCGCAGAUCGGACUAUAGAGCACCUUUAAAUAUACACCGUAUUAAUCUGUCAGUCAGUCUCGUAUACGGAUCUGCUAGUGUAGGUAUUUGUAUAUCCACUCAAUUUACAAAAUAUAAAUCCACAAAUAAAAAUGAUAUUAAACAUAAAUAUAAAAAAGUAAAACUUAGUAUGUAUACUUACCAGUAUAUCAACUCAUUUCCACAAUUGUUACAAAAGCUAUAAACGAUCAAAAUCUCUGCCUUGCAAUUCUCACAAUUUAUAUGCUGGAUAUCUGUGCCCAUAUUAAAGCAUUCAUAUUUAUAAAAUUGGCUUGUAAUGUUUUGACCACGAUGUUGCGUUGUGAUUUUAUUUUCUCUUUCCCCCCCCCUGUCGUAAAAAAACAAUAAAUAUUCAGGGGGCGUGCCUUUUUUAAUUCACAAGGAAAGUGCUCAUCCACGGAGAAGGCACGUGUUUCUACGGAGAAGGCACGUGUUUCUACGGAGAAGCUGCAUGUUUCUGCGGAGAAGAGGUGCCCCGUUCGGGCCACCGCAUCGUGUUUCACAUAAAUGCUACGCGUUUCCGCGGAGAAGCUGCGGUGUUUCCACAGAAAUGCUGUGUGUUUCCACGGUGAAGAUGCGUGUUUCCACGGAGAAACUGCAUAUUUGUACGGAGAGAAGGCUUUCCGUGACAGAACAACGGCAAUAUUCCAUGGAGAAGUUUGAUUUCCAUGGAAUAACAACACAUUUGUACGGAGAAGGUGCAAGUUUGUACGGAGAAGGGUUGGCCCGUAUGGGCCACCGUAUAUCUGAGAUAAAAAGAUUGACAGCUCAACUGAUCUCUGACUUGUGUAACUGAGAUUUAAUUCCUUAUUGUGUGAAUCUCUCCAUAGGAAUUACUUUGGGAAAAGAGUUUUCGUAAUUCAGAUGGUGAUCUGAUGGAUAUUUUACGAUUCAAGGUAUUAUAAUAUAUUAUAAUAUAGCAUUUGUAAAUUCUGAACGCUGAUUGGCUAAGAGCCGUGUUGAUAUAACUCCAUGUCAACACGGGAAAUUUUCCGCCGCUUGUAACACGGAAAUUGUUCUUAUUCUUCGUGCUUUUGACAUUGCUAUAUUAUAAAACAAAUAUAAAACAUCUUUUCCGUAUUGAUAUUUAGUUAUAUCAACACUCGUGGAAGUUGGGAAAACUCGAAAUUGUGUGAAAACACUCCGCCCUUCGGGCGUCGUGUUUCCACACAAUUUCUCGUUUUCCCAAUUUCCACUCGUGUUGAUAUAACUGUAUAUCAACACGGAAAAUGUUUUAUAUUUGUUAAUUAUAAAUUGUAGCUCCUAUAAGACCACCUAUUUAUCAAUGGAGUAAAUAGAAGAGAUCUUAAACUUCAGAAGAAAAUGCCAUCGCCGUAGCAAGCAAGCGCGUGUGUGGAGCAGAUGGGGAUGGGAACGAAAAAACCGAAUACCUACCCUCCCAUAGAAAUGGCCUCGGUCCGCUAUUGUAUCAUUCACACAAUAGUCGUGACAUAAAAUUCUACUUUGAGAUGUAACUCGUACCCAGUCCCUGAAUGAGGAUUGAAAAAAAUAAUGGCGCUCAAGUUUCAUGCGUCACACUCCUCAGUCCACUGAUCUAUAUAUGUACGCAUUUACGACUGAGUCAGCUUCGAGACUCGGUAACUAAAAUCUUAAUUAAGCAUUUCUUAGGAAUCACUGAGAUUUGGUUUUAUACGUAGACACUUUUAACUUUGCUAUAUAGGCACUCAUAUCGUUUCGUGGUUCUCGCAAAAAAGUUAUUGUUCAAGCUGUUCAUGAGCUGUUUGAUAAAGUAGCUACAGAAGAAUGGAUGGAGGGUGAAGAACGAAUAAACAGACUUAUUUUUAUUGGUAAGCAAAUAAAAGCAAUCACAGACCCAUUACAUAACUCACAUGCUUAAUGAUACCACUUAUUUAUGUAAGUAGCAGAAUGGGACAAAGAUAACCAAGCAUCAUCUGUCAAGAGGCAAAUAAACUUUACACUGCACAAAAUUGUAUGCACAAGUAUGCAGUUGUUGCACCAUGGUUGCACUAAGUUGUAAAGGACAUGUGUGACAACUGAAUGGUGUAGUUUUGUCAAGUUUUUGGUCGGGGGAACUGGGUAGUUGUUUUUUAUUGAUAUUUGAGCUUGAAUUUUGACUCUUUAAUGGUUGGAUCAGCAAACGUUUUACCAAGAAAAACAUUUCUCUUCGGUGCCAACCUCCCCCCCAUAAAUAGCCAGUAAUGAGUUCCUAAAUGGUAUGGUGGUGGGAUAGCCACCUACCUCAUAUAUGCUUAUUUCAUUCGAAAGCUUGGUAACAUAUUGGUUAGAGUCAAAAUAUUGAAUAAAGUUACUCAAAUGUGCAUGUGAGAAACUUUUUUAGUAAAAAAGUGAAAACAAGAGCAAGUUUGAGUGUAUUUGCUCAUAAAAUUUUGAGUCACUGCGGGUGCAUUAUUUGUUUUGUCACAAGUUUUUGAGUCAAAAUAUUGAAUAAAGUUACUCAAAUGUGCAUGUGAGAAACUUUUUUAGUAAAAAAGUGAAAACAAGAGCAAGUUUGAGUGUAUUUGCUCAUAAAAUUUUGAGUCACUGCGGGUGCAUUAUUUGUUUUGUCACAAGUUUUUGAGUCAAAAUAUUGAAUAAAGUUACUCAAAUGUGCAUGUGAGAAACUUUUUUAGUAAAAAAGUGAAAACAAGAGCAAGUUUGAGUGUAUUUGCUCAUAAAAUUUUGAGUCACUGCGGGUGAAUUAUUUGAUUUGUCACAAGUUUUUGAGUCAAAAUAUUUUUUUUCAGUAUAGAGACGUUCUUGCCAGUUGUCCCACAUACCAUGAAUUGUUAGUCUAUCAGACUCACUUUGAAGUGCUAGUGUUUAGGAUUUCAUAUCAACUGAGGCAGUAACGCUCAUAUAUAAAUAUCGAAUUCAUAACAGUUUAGUACCUUUAAUAUAAUCGUAUAUAUAAUCGCGUAUAUUAUUCACUGCCGGGUUCAUGAAAAAAUAAACCAAAAUGAUGUCUGUCGGAAGCGGGGGGCUGGAGAGGGGGGGAGCUUGAGCCCCUCCCCCCAAUAAUUUCCAUUUGUAUAAGCAAAACACACAAAAGAACUACAAAAGAAAGCAAUUCAGAUUUAUUCAACAAAGUGAAGUAGUACAAAGGCUACAAGCUAGUACAGUACUAAGACAAAGGCUACAAACUAUCGGUGAUCAAACCUCGUCCCCAAACUCCUCGAUCCUCCUUGAUUGAGCCCCCCCCCCCAUUCUCCCAAAAAAUAAUAUUACUUCCGACGGCCUUGCUGAUCCAAUCCGCAAGAUAUGUUCCUGGGGCCGGUUGUAUAAAAAAGUAGUUCAUGUUAACUACAGUUAUUGCGAAAGUUAACCGAUCAAAAUCGCGUAUAUUUUAGAGUUAACUACUAUUUAACUACAAAAUAUAUAGCGAUUAAAAUGUAAUCAAGCGUUUUAUACAACCAACCCCAGAAGGAGACGUUUCUUGCAGGAUACAAUUUUCGAACCUCUUUUGUGAAUAAUUUUCCCCCCAUAUUUUCCCAGGAUCUAACCUAGAUCAAGGUAUUCUGGAAGAGAGUUUUACAGAAAUGAUCAAGAAAUGUCGGAGCAGAUCAGAAGAGAUGUGACUUCCAUUGAAUUGUGUAAAUUGCAAGUCAACUGACUGCAUGAUGCAAUGAAAAUUGACCAAAAAGUUAUAAACUACAAAAAGUGAAAGAUGUUAUGCAUGGAUGCAGUUUACCAGCGCAAGUAGACACUACCUGAAAAUCGGACGUCGUAGUCCGUGUAAUGAAUGCAGAAAUAUAUCCCGGCGAAAAAUCAAAUAGUUGAGGAUAUCAUUAGUAUGCAGGAAGCAGCUUUAUCAAGCCCAGAUAACUUAUCAUGAAGAAAACAGAACCAGGAAAUGAAGUUAAUUGGAAAUGCUGUUAUAUAUGAAACGGUUGUCAUGCUGUUAUGUUGGGGAGGGGCUGGAAGAGUAGACUCUUCUGGGGAGGUUGGAGUACACUAUACCGCUGAACGUGGUAGUAUACUUUAGUGGACUGUAGAAAUCUGGGGCUGCUUGUAAAAUUCGUAACUGCUUUGGUUAUAGUAACUCUAAAAUAUACGCGACUUUGAUUGGUUAGUUUCGCACUAACUGUGGUGAACUUUAACCACAACUGUUUUAUACAACCACAGUGGAUGAAAAUUUUCAAGUAUCUAACAUGAGUCAACAUCUUGGCCAGGCGCAAGUCGCAACAAUGUUAACCUGCGAUCAGGCCCUCUAUGUUACAACAAUGUUGCAUACAUGUUGGCAACAUGUAUGCAACAUUGUUGUAACAUAGAGGACCUGAUCGCAGGUUAAGGUGGCUCGAUAGGAAAAAUCGACCAUUUUUGAUAGCUUGUUUCAUUGCUACAGAAUAUAUGGAAUGAUAUUAUUUUGGGGGGGCAGAAGUAACACACUUAGGACAUUAACCAAAAAAAAUUUGGUGCAUAUUUAUUGAAUUGCACUAGUGUAGCACCCUUACUACUACAGCCUACUUUUCCGUCAUUGCAAAUUAAGGCAUCGCAAGAAACUUGAUAUUGGC